GCGGCGAGAGGCCGGCGCGUUGGGAGCGGGACGCGCGGCACCAUGUCGGCCAAGGUGCGGCUCAAGAAGCUGGAGCAGCUGCUCCUGGACGGGCCGUGGCGCAACGAGAGCGCCCUGAGCGUGGAGACGCUGCUCGACGUGCUCGUCUGCCUGUACACCGAGUGCAGCCAGUCGGCCCUGCGCCGCGACAAGUAUGUGGCCGAGUUCCUCGAGUGGGCUAAACCAUUUACACAACUGGUGAAGGAAAUGCAGCUUCAUCGAGAAGACUUCGAGAUAAUUAAAGUAAUCGGAAGAGGUGCUUUUGGUGAGGUUGCUGUUGUCAAAAUGAAGAACACUGAACGAAUUUAUGCAAUGAAAAUCCUCAACAAGUGGGAAAUGCUUAAAAGAGCAGAGACUGCCUGUUUCCGAGAAGAGCGUGACGUGCUGGUGAACGGCGACUGUCAGUGGAUCACCACAUUGCACUAUGCCUUUCAAGAUGAAAAUUAUCUGUACUUAGUCAUGGAUUACUAUGUAGGUGGUGAUCUACUGACCCUGCUCAGUAAAUUUGAAGACAAGCUUCCAGAAGAUAUGGCAAGAUUCUACAUUGGUGAAAUGGUGUUGGCCAUUGAUUCCAUCCAUCAGCUUCAUUAUGUGCACAGAGACAUUAAGCCUGACAAUGUCCUUUUGGACGUGAAUGGUCAUAUCCGCCUGGCUGACUUUGGAUCUUGUUUGAAGAUGAAUGAUGAUGGAACUGUUCAAUCCUCUGUGGCCGUGGGCACCCCUGACUACAUCUCACCGGAGAUCCUGCAGGCGAUGGAGGACGGCAUGGGCAAGUACGGCCCUGAGUGUGACUGGUGGUCUCUGGGCGUCUGCAUGUACGAAAUGCUGUAUGGAGAAACACCAUUUUAUGCAGAAUCACUUGUGGAGACCUAUGGAAAGAUCAUGAACCAUGAAGAACGAUUUCAGUUCCCUUCCCAUGUCACGGAUGUAUCUGAAGAAGCAAAAGACCUCAUUCAGAGACUGAUCUGCAGCAGAGAGCGCCGGCUAGGGCAGAAUGGAAUAGAGGACUUCAAAAAGCAUGCGUUCUUUGAAGGUCUAAAUUGGGAAAAUAUACGAAACCUAGAAGCACCUUACAUUCCUGAUGUGAGCAGUCCUUCUGACACAUCCAACUUCGAUGUGGAUGACGAUGUGCUAAGAAAUAUUGAAAUAUUACCUCCUGGUUCUCAUACGGGCUUUUCUGGAUUACAUUUGCCAUUCAUCGGUUUUACGUUCACAACGGAAAGCUGUUUUUCUGAUCGAGGCUCUCUGAAGAGCAUAAUGCAGUCUAAUACAUUAACCAAAGACGAGGGUGUGCAGCGGGAUUUAGAGAACAGCUUACAGGUUGAAGCUUAUGAGAGGAGGAUACGGAGACUGGAGCAAGAGAAACUGGAGCUGAGCAGAAAGCUGCAAGAGUCCACCCAGACUGUACAGUCCCUCCAUGGCUCGACUCGGGCCCUGGGCAGCUCAGCCCGAGAUAAAGAAAUCAAAAAGCUGAAUGAAGAAAUCGAACGUUUAAAGAAUAAAAUAGCAGAUUCAAAUAGGCUUGAGCGACAACUUGAGGACACUGUGACACUUCGCCAGGAGCACGAGGAUUCCACGCAUCGGCUGAAAGGCCUAGAAAAGCAGUACCGCAUGGUGCGACAGGAGAAGGAGGACUUUCACAAGCAAUUGGUUGAAGCUUCAGAGCGACUGAAAUCCCAGGCCAGAGAACUCAAAGAUGCCCACCAGCAGCGCAAGCUGGCCCUGCAGGAGUUCUCGGAGCUCAACGAGCGCAUGGCAGAACUCCGCUCCCAGAAGCAGAAGGUUUCCCGGCAACUACGGGACAAAGAGGAGGAAAUGGAGGUGGCCAUGCAGAAAAUCGACUCCAUGCGGCAGGAGAUCCGCAAAUCUGAGAAGUUCAGGAAAGAGCUGGAAGCUCAGCUCGAGGAUGCUGUUGCUGAGGCCUCCAAGGAGCGCAAACUUCGCGAGCACAGCGAGAACUUCUCCAAGCAAAUAGAAAGUGAGCUUGAGGCCCUCAAGAUGAAGCAAGGAGGCCGGGGCCCAGGUGCCACCUUGGAACAUCAGCAGGAGAUUUCCAAAAUAAAAUCUGAGCUUGAGAAGAAAGUCUUGUUUUAUGAAGAGGAAUUGGUCAGACGUGAGGCCUCCCAUGUGCUGGAAGUGAAAAAUGUGAAAAAGGAGGUGCACGAUUCUGAAAGCCACCAGCUGGCCCUGCAGAAAGAAAUCUUAAUGUUAAAAGAUAAAUUAGAGAAGUCAAAACGAGAACGGCGUAAUGAAAUGGAGGAGGCAGUGGGUACCAUAAAAGAUAAAUACGAACGAGAAAGGACAAUGCUGUUCGAGGAAAACAAGAAAUUAACUGCUGAAAAUGAAAGGCUUUGUUCCUUUGUGGAUAAACUCACAGCUCAAAAUAGACAACUGGAGGAUGAACUGCAGGAUCUGGCAGCCAAGAAGGAGUCAGUUGCCCACUGGGAAGCUCAGAUUGCAGAAAUCAUUCAGUGGGUCAGCGACGAGAAAGAUGCCCGGGGUUACCUUCAAGCUCUUGCUUCUAAGAUGACUGAAGAGCUCGAGGCUUUGAGGAGUUCCAGUCUGGGAUCAAGAACACUGGAUCCGCUUUGGAAGGUUCGCCGUAGUCAGAAGCUGGACAUGUCUGCACGGCUAGAAUUGCAGUCUGCUCUUGAGGCGGAGAUCCGGGCCAAGCAGCUUGUUCAGGAGGAGCUGAGGAAAGUGAAAGACACGAAUCUCUCCUUUGAAAGUAAACUAAAGGACUCUGAAGCCAAAAAUAGAGAACUAUUAGAAGAAAUGGAAAUUUUAAAGAAGAAAAUGGAAGAAAAAUUUAGAGCAGAUACUGGACUCAAACUUCCAGAUUUUCAGGAUUCUAUUUUUGAGUAUUUCAACACUGCACCUCUUGCACAUGAUCUGACAUUUAGAGACUCUGUCUCCUCCUCCACAUCCUCCCUGCUAGCCUCUUGGGAAGAAACCAGCUCAGCUAGUGAGCAAGAAACACAAGCUCCAAAGCCAGAAGUGUCCUCAUCGAUUUCUGUGGCCGCAAGCACAGAGCAGCAGGAAGACAUGGCUCGGGCCCCACAGAGGCCGCCCGCCGUGCCGCUGCCCACCACGCAGGCCCUUACUCUGGCUGGACCAAAGCCGAAAGCUCACCAGUUCAGCAUCAAGUCCUUCUCCAGCCCCACUCAGUGUAGCCACUGCACCUCCCUGAUGGUAGGGCUGAUCCGGCAGGGCUACGCCUGCGAGGUGUGCUCAUUUGCUUGCCACGUAGCCUGCAAAGACAGCGCUCCCCAGGUGUGCCCCAUACCUCCCGAGCAGUCCAAGCGGCCUCUUGGUGUGGACGUGCAGAGAGGCAUAGGAACAGCCUACAAGGGCUACGUCAAGGUCCCAAAGCCUACGGGGGUGAAGAAAGGAUGGCAGCGGGCUUAUGCUGUGGUCUGUGACUGUAAGCUCUUUCUGUAUGAUUUGCCUGAAGGAAAAUCCACCCAGCCUGGCGUCAUCGCAAGCCAAGUCUUGGAUCUCAGAGAUGAGGAGUUCUCGGUGAGCUCAGUCCUGGCUUCAGAUGUCAUACAUGCUUCACGCCGAGAUAUUCCGUGCAUAUUCAGGGUGACAGCCUCUCUCUUAGGUACACCUUCUAAAACCAGCUCACUGCUCAUUCUGACGGAAAAUGAGAACGAAAAGAGGAAGUGGGUUGGGAUUCUAGAAGGACUCCAGUCUAUCCUUCAUAAGAACCGCUUGAGGAAUCAGGUUGUGCAUAUCCCACAGGAGGCCUACGACAGCUCGCUGCCUCUCAUCAAGGCCGUCCUGACAGCCGCCAUCAUGGAUGGGGACAGGAUUGCAGUCGGCUUGGAAGAAGGGCUCUAUGUCAUAGAGGUAACCCGUGAUGUGAUCCUCCGUGUUGCUGACUACAAGAAAGUGUACCAGAUUGAGCUUGCUCCCAAAGAGAAGAUCGCCGUCCUCCUCUGCGGCCGGAACCACCACGUCCAUCUCUGUCCGUGGUCUUCCUUUGAUGGGGCGGAAAGCAAUGUCGAUAUCAAGCUUCCAGAAACAAAAGGCUGCCAGCUCAUGGCAACAGCGACACUGAAGAGGAGCUCUUCCACCUGCCUGUUUGUGGCAGUGAAGCGGCUGGUCCUUUGCUAUGAGAUCCUGAGAACUAAGCCUUUCCACAGGAAGUUCAAUGAAAUUGGGGCCCCUGGCAAUGUACAGUGGAUGGCCGUGGUCAAGGACAAGCUCUGUGUUGGCUACCCUUCUGGGUUCUCUCUGUUGAGCACCCAGGGAGAUGGGCAGGCUCUAAACCUGGUAAAUCCCAAUGACCCCUCGCUUACGUUCCUCUCACAACAGUCUUUUGAUGCCCUUUGUGCUGUGGAGCUCAAAAGUGAGGAGUACCUGCUUUGCUUCAGCCACAUGGGACUGUACGUGGACCCACAAGGUCGGAGGUCACGCAUGCAGGAGCUCAUGUGGCCUGCGGCGCCUGUUGCCUGUAGUUGCAGCCCCUCACACGUCACGGUGUACAGCGAGUACGGCGUGGACGUCUUUGACGUGCGCACAAUGGAGUGGGUUCAGACCAUCGGCCUGCGGAGGAUAAGACCCCUGAACUCCGAGGGCACCCUCAACCUCCUCAACUGUGAGCCUCCGCGCUUGAUCUACUUCAAGAGCAAGUUCUCCGGAGCAGUUCUCAAUGUGCCCGACACCUCUGAUAACAGCAAGAAGCAGAUGCUUAGGACCAGAAGCAAGAGGCGAUUUGUGUUCAAGGUGCCAGAGGAGGAGAGGCUGCAACAGCGGCGAGAGAUGCUUCGAGACCCAGAAUUGAGAUCCAAAAUGAUAUCCAACCCGACCAACUUCAACCAUGUGGCUCACAUGGGCCCGGGCGACGGGAUGCAGGUGCUCAUGGACCUGCCUCUGAGUGCCGUGCCCCCUGCCCAGGAGGAAAGGCCCGGCCCCACUCCCACCAGCCUGUCCCGGCAGCCUCCGCCCAGGAACAAGCCCUACAUCUCGUGGCCCUCAUCAGGUGGAUCGGAGCCGGGAGUGGCUGUGCCUCUGAGAAGUAUGUCCGACCCCGACCAGGACUUUGACAAAGAGCCUGAUUCGGAUUCCACCAAACACUCGACUCCAUCGAACAGCUCCAACCCCAGUGGCCCGCCAAGCCCCAACUCCCCCCACAGGAGCCAGCUCCCCCUCGAGGGCAUGGAGCAGCCAGCCUAUGAUGCCUAAAGCCGCUGGCCCACUGCCUCACCACCACGGGGCUGGGGAGCCAGGGGUGGCCUCCAACGUCAGUGCCAAGACUGAGCUGACCCUCCAGUGUUGUCCAAGGAAAUGUAGAAUCGAUUUGUAGAUAUGGAGAUGAAGAAAAAUCUUUAUUAUAAUAAUGAUCAGUUUUAUGCCGCGUUACUCAUGGUGGUAGACCAGAUCUAUUCGUCUGCACGGCUGUGAGGCGACACUGUUCCGUUUGCACAUGAAGGACCACGACACAGUCUCUCCUGCCCAGAACAAGCUGAGAAGGCACGUGGGGCCCUGCCAAUGCUGGCCCCCUCUGCAGAAACCCGGUAGACCCUGCACGGCUCUGUUCAGGAAGCAGACAGCUCGGGACACGGCCUCAGUAAUAAGUCUGUUCCCUGAUCCCUAAAACUGUUUCCUAGGACCUUAGGAGAAUAGUAGGAAGUUGUAUAUCAUUCCCAGUGUCACUAGAAUUUUGAAGACAGAGGAAAUGGAGGUUAGUUUGUGGCCUUUUUAUUCAUUUAGCCAUUACAUAGUCAGCUGAAGAAGUCCUUCUGCUGAUCUUGUAGCCAUGGACAGAGACCCAUUUUGAGUGACACCUGCCUGAGUCCCUUGUGUGUGUUAGUGCAUUCCCGGUCACACCAUGAAGUGUCAUCAGUAUCUACUACUGUGAAGUCAGCUGUGCUCUGUUUCCCACUCGCUUCCGCCUCCUGCCAUGAAACUGGUGAGUGUCGUGGUGCAGCCAGGCCCUGAGGCCUGCUGGGCUGAGAGGAGACCAGAGCCCCAGGUUGCCCAGCAGCAGGCGCCAGGAUCCCCCUCCCCUCCCAGUCCCGCCCCUGCAUGGAGCCCUGUGAUUAGUCCCCAUAUGGAUCAUGUAGCCUCACCCGACACACUCCUGCACAUUUCCCUGCCGGUGGCGUGGUGACACUCUGCCUGCGUAUUUCCUCUCACCCUUCCUUGUAUCCUAUGUGAGUAAUCAGGUUUGUGGCCUGUCUCAUUAAAGGCUUGUGAGUAACUGGCCAGCAGACACAGCUUGCCCUCAGCCCAGGACAGGUUUUUCCCUGCUCUCCCACUGGUCGACGUGCUUGGCGACGCUGUUUGAGACGUGCACUUAAACUUGAGUCGGCACUGAGUGAUGUGGGCACCACAGCCUGCCUGUGCGUGUCACACACCCAGCACCUGCCCGCCCUCUGCCCCCUGGGCCUUCUGCUGGGGCUGGCACCUGCUGGGGGCUCUGGUUUUUACUUUUUUAAUGUAAGUCUGAGUCUUUGUAAUUAUUGAAUCGUGAGAACAUUUUUGAACAAUUUACCUGUCAAUAAAGCAGAAGACGGCAGUUUUAAAGUUCUCA